CGAGCAGAACGAUGUGCGAUUCGUAUUGCCGACCGUCCGACAGCAAGAAGAAGACCGUUCGUUAUAAUAAUAUCAUCGCUGCACCACAUUAUAAUAUUAUUCUUGUACGUCUUUUCGUUUUUAUUAUCUUAUUGGAUUACGAUUUUCACCGCUCGCUGACGUCAUGUUGUUGCAGAUAACGCCGUUUUUGGCGGCGGUGAUCUUUUGCUGCGCAGCAGUUACAGUAAACGUAGCGGAAAAACCAACAGAGACACCAAUUGAUAAACGGAGCACAGUCAAUGGGUACGGUUCUUACGCCGGCGGUUAUGCUCCGACCGCGGAUUACGGUGCGGCGGCUGGACAAGACGGCGCUGCGGCUUACCAAUACGCCGCAGCGGCUCCGAUCGCCACCGGUCAAUACGCUACGGGUCAAUACGCCGCGGUUCCGGCGGCUGCUUCCAUCGGUGCCUUAGUGGUGCCUACCAACCAGCUAUUCUACCCGCAGCAACAAGCGUACGGAUACUCGUCAGCUCCAGCUUACGCCGCCCCGCUGACUUCGGUGGCUUAUAGCGCCUAUCCAGCCACGACUUAUGGCUUCCAGUCACCCACUUACAGUGCCGGUCAAUCGGCUGCUUAUGGUGCCGGUCAGUCAGCUGCUUAUGGUGCUGGUCAAUCGGCCGCUUACGGUGCUGGUCAGUCAGCCACUUAUGGUUCCGGUCAAUCGGCCGCUUACGGUGCCGGCCAAUCAGCCACAUCUUACGGUUCCGGUCAAUCGGCUGCCACCGCUACUUACAGCUCACCGCCGGUCGCUUCAUACAGCGUAUCAUCCUCAACACCAUAUAAACCAGGACCCGUGACUUUCGGCAAACCGGAAGCCGAUUUGCAAACCAACUUGGCACCAUCGUACCAAACGUCCGCGGGACUAAGCAAUUACGUUUCUUCAUCUUUCAAGACCAACAAGUAUCCAUCAUACUCACCGUCCUCCUACCCGUCCACGUCAAGCGAAUACUACGCAGCACAGCAGUCAUCGUCAUACGGGUCACCGUCCAAACCCAGUAGUUACCCAUCAUCAGUGUACCCGUCUGACAACUCAUACAACAAAUUCAAGUACCUGCCACAAAGUUCGUUGUACAGCGGUGGAUCAUCGUACAAACCAUCCCCAUCUGCCCAUUACAAACCAUCAUCACCGUUCGAUGCGUUCGCUUCAUCUUACGGACAAUCUUCGUCCUACUCAUCUCCACCCCAAAAGUACAGUAGCUCUCCCUCGUUCGGUGGUGGAUCUUCCUCGUACGGUGGUAGUUCUUCCUCAUACGGUGGUAGUUCUUCAUCAUACGGUAGUAGCUCUCCCUCGUACGGUGGUAGCUCUCCCUCGUACGGGGGAAGCUCUCCCUCGUAUGGUGGUAGCUCUCCCUCGUACGGAGGAAACUCUCCCUCGUACGGUGGUAGCUCUCACUCGUACGGUGGAAGCUCUCCCUCGUACGGCGGAAGCUCUCACUCGUACGGUGGAAGCUCUCCUUCGUACGGCGGAAGCUCUCACUCGUACGGUGGAAGCUCUCCCUCUUACGGUGGAAGCUCUCCCUCUUACGGUGGAAGCUCUCCCUCUUACGGUGGAAGCUCUCCCUCGUACGGUGGUAGCUCUCCCUCGUAUGGAGGAAGCUCAUCAUCGUACGGUGGUAGCUCUCCCUCGUACGGUGGUAGCUCUCCCUCGUACGGUGGUAGCUCUCCCUCGUACGGUAGUUCGUCUCUGUAUGCUGGUAACUCUCCCUCGUACAGUGGUAGCUCUUCUUCGUAUGGUUCACCGUCCCCGUACAAGCCAUCGUAUGGAUCACCAUCACCUUACAAAUCGUCGUCCUCGUACAAGGCGCCAUACAGCAGCUCCGGUCCAUCAUUUGAAUCACCAUCCUCUUAUAAGCUGUCUCCAUAUUCUGGCGGAUCUUCCUACGAAGGAUCUUCAUCCCCAUACAAAUAUUCGUCUUAUGAAGGAUCUUCAUCUUCUUAUAAGUCAUCACCAACCUAUUCAUCAGGUUCAUUCAAACCAAUUACUUCUUCCUAUUCUCAGAGCGAAUAUGAAUCACCGUCAUCUUCUCUUUACAGUUCUAAGCCAAGUUCAUACGAAUACAGUUCUAAAUAUUGACACUAAUGCAAUGUUCCUUUUUUAGAUAAAUUAAUUUUUAUGAUAAAAAACGUUUAGAUUGUAUGUUUAAAUUUGAACUUGUGUUUUUUUUAUUAAUCAUACAAUUAAGUUAUUCUUGAACUGUUAAACAAUUUGAGAUAUGCUAGUUCACAAAUAUUUGUUUUUGUAUUAAUAUUAAGUGCUUUAUUUAAAUUACAUUUAUGAAUUAGUGAUAAAAUUAUAUUAUUAUAAGUAUAAUAAUACGUUAUUUAUUUGAUCGCAGAUCAUAAUUACCGCAAUCAAACAUUAUAUUUAUGAAUUAUAUAAACCAAAUAUACCUAUAACUUUUUUUAUAUAUAUA